GAGGGCCGGUCACUUAAUUCUGUUUGGGUGAUAGGAGAUAAAUUAGCUACUUGUGCAUUGUGCACGAUGUAAUCUCUGUUCAAAUCAUAGUUGUUUCGUGAUUAUAACGUAGUAAAAUAUAUCUACGACAAAACAACACGAUAAACUGCCAAGUACACGAGCUUUCUCUCACGCGCAAAAAUUAACCAGCGAAGCCACGCCUCUAGAUUGUCACGUUUAUUCUCGCGUUGCUUUGCUCAGAUUUUGGCGGUUGUUGAUGAGUGUGACCUCCGUGAAGUUAUAGGUAACGUUACCUAGUUUGUUUGCUGUAUUGAAUGGUUAAUCUCUGGUUUCCUUUUAUUGAAGAGGAUCUUAACAUUUGGAUGGCUGAGUAGGACCAGCCUGGUGACAGCGGCAGCGUGGCUGUGACGAUGAGUGACCCAGAGUUGGUACGGAGGGCUCAGGAGUGGCUGAGCUCCACGCGGCACGUGCAGGUGCCCCGUAACUGGCUGGAGGCGUGCUCGGACUGGCUGGCGCGCGAGGCCGGCGGCGCCCCCGUCUCCCAGACCCGCCUCAACCAGCAGGCGCUGGAGCAGUGGCUGCACACGGACCUGCGGGUGCUGGCCCACCCCGUCCUCCCGCCCCUGGGCCGCGCCCUGAAGACGGAGCUGAGCGGCAGCUUCUGCGUGCAGAUGGACUCGGCGCUGGACGUGAGCCGGCCGGCCUACGCGCAGCUCCGGCAGCGCCGCGGGACCGACUGCGCCAACGAGGGCGUCUCGGCCGCCACGCAGGCCUCGCUGCGGCCCUGGGAGGCGGCGCCCACGCGCGUGCUGGUGCUGCGGCUGACCGACGGCGUGCAGGACCUGGAGGCCAUGGAGUACCAGCCGGUGCCGGGCCUGAACGCCGACCUCCCGCCCGGCACCAAGCUCCUCCUGCACGGGAGGCUGGAGUGCAGGCUGCGGGUGCUGCUGCUGACCCCGGCCAACGUGCGCGUGCUGGGGGGCGCGGUGGAGGAGCUGCAGGAGGUCCUGUCCCAGAACGGGGUGCUCGCCCGGGUCCUGGGGCUCCCGCAGGAGGAGCGGCGGCCGGCCCCCAGGGACGAGGGCGCGUCGGACGAGGAGCUGCUGGCCAGCCUGGAGGCGGCGGCGGACAGCGGGUACGGGAGCAGGGAGGGGCGGCCCCCCGCCCCCCAGCGCGCGGUCGCCCCUGGCGAUUUGGACGAAGACUUCGACGACCUUCCGCUGGACGAGCUGGACAGCGUCAUCUUCCUGGAGGAUUCUGACCCCGUGGUGGUGGAGGAGGAGGAGGAGCCUGGGCCCAUGGAGGUGGAGCCUAGAAUAAAUGGGGCGGGGCAUGGACCAGCAGAGGUGGAGCCUGAUGCAUGGGAGGUGGAGCCUGACCCGAUGGAGGUUGGGCCAAGAAGAAGGGAGGUACAGUCUGGGCCAGUGGCGGUGGUGCUGAGAGCAAAUGGAGUGGGGCCUGCACCAGUGGAGGUGGAGCCAAGAACAAGGAAGUUGGGGCCUGGGCCAGUGGCGGUGGGGCCUGGAACAAAAGGGGUGGGACCUGGACCUCUGGAGGCGGAGCCUGAAACGGGGGCGUGUCGGUCUGGGGUGGGGCCUCCCCUGGGCAGUGCGUGUGUUAGUGGGGGGAGCAGAGAUUCGGGAGUCGACAGGGUGUGUGCAGUUAAACCCCAGAGCAGGGCAGGGGAGGAGACGCAGGAGGCCGCGUCCCCCCAGGGGGCCUCGGAGGGCGGGGCCGGCACGGUUUCCGUGGCGACGGACUCCGUCACUCCCCCCUUCACCUACCUGUGCGUGCUGGCGCGGGGCGGGGCCAGGCAGGCGCGGCUGAAGGCCUUCAUCAUCACCCUGCAGGGCAGCUUGCGGAGCAGCUCGGGGGCCUGGCAGGUGAGCGCCACCAUCUCAGACGGCACGGGGUACCUGGACGUGCGGCUGUCGGACCGCGUGCUGGCCGGCUUCAUCGGGUUCUCGGUGGCGGAGUCGCGCCUGCUGCGGAAGGAUCCGGAGCGGCAGCACCGCGUGCAGGAGGGGCUGCAGCGCUGCCAGCGGGCGCUGGUGGACAUGUGCUGCCUGAUGACCCUGCAGUACGACCCCGCCGCGCAGACCGGGACGGUGCUGAGCGCGGACCCGGUCACAGCCCAAACCUGCAGGGAGCUGGAGGACCGCGUGCGCGGCCCAAACCGCCGCUAACCCCGACCCAACGCUAACACCAGACCCAAAACUAAACCAGACUCCGGGCUAAACUAGACCUAGUGCUAACCUGGACCCUGCGCUAAUCCAGACUCGGGGAUGAACCAGACCCAGUGCUAACCCAGACUCAGGGCUAAACUAAACUCAGCGCUAACCUGGUCCCAGUGCUAAUCCAAACAUAACCCACACACAACACUGCCCCAAACUCACUAACCCAGACCCUGCACUUAGCUAGCUCAUGCAGUCCCCAAGGCUGACCGGGGCCAGGCCUAACCUAUUCAACUCCGUGACAUACUGAACUGUAAAUUCAGUUUUUACAGAGUCAUGUUCCAACUGUUUUAUAAAGCUGAACAUGUUAAGCUUGUGAAGGUGUGACUGAACUUUUGUUUUUACCUCACAAUAAAAUAAAAGAUUUGACUGCCAAA